AUGCCCCUACCACCAGCACUUCUGGCUCGUCUCAAACGCCGAGGAAUUGUCCAAGAUGAUGCAUCUGAGGAAGUGAUUGCGGAAAAUUACGAUGCCGACGUGCCGGGCGCUGGUGCCCCCGGAGCGCGGAAAAAGGCCGAAAAGAAUGCAUCGGGUGCGCCCGGUUGCCCCAAUAAGUGGAAUCCGUACCAUUACUGCGUGCAGUUCUGCUACGAUCGCUGGAAGGAUGGGACCAGCGAAAACAGAUUAUCGUCGAAAUAUCUAGAGCAACGAGCGAAAAUUCUCAGAAAGUAUCCUCUGCCGAAUGGUUGGAAGGAAGUUUAUGAUGCGGGCUGUGCACGUCAUUAUUACUGGUGUCCACGAACGGACGAAUUUAAUUUCCGUUCCAGAUUAUCGUCGAAAUAUCUAGAACAGCGAGCGAAAAUACUCAGAAAAUAUCCUCUGCCGAAUGUUUUUGCAGGUUGGAAAGAAGUUUAUGAUGCGGGCUGUGCGCGUCAUUAUUACUGGUGUCCACGAACGGACGAAGUAUCUUGGUUACCGCCUAGACAUCCACUUGCUGUAAUAGGAGAUGCGGCGCCCAAACUUGCAAAAGAGUUAUACGAGAAGGGCGAAAAUACAAAUGGUCUCGGUGAAGGCAAAAAAGAUGGUGAUGAAAAGAAGAGUGAUGAAGAAAAGGAAAUCUACAGGGAAGAUCGAGGCGGAACAAUAAAGCGCCAAGAUGGCAAGUCAAGGAGAAAACGGCAAACUUCGGGAUCAGAAGGCAGUAGUUCUUCAUCAAAUUCGGAGAGCGAGGACGAAAGCCGACCGGAACUAAGUGAUAGAGAUAAACUCAAGCGUGCGAAACGAAAAGGAAUCGAUCCGAUGGACCCGGCCGCUUAUGGUGACAAUGUUCCUGUGUAUGCUCUUACGAUUCUUCCCUUUUUUUAUUCCAUUUUCAACUAA